AUGAUCUUGGAUGAACUCCUAGACAUGCAGCUGCCAGCGGGAUGCCACAUGCAGGCCUUUGCGGAUGAUGUCCUCCUUAUAGUCACCGCGGACAAUAAUGAAGAACUGCAGAGCGUGUCAAAUACCGUCCUGUCCGAAAUUAGUAACUGGGGAACUAAAGUGAAACUCAAUUUUGGCCCAGCGAAGACACAAGUCAUUGCUUUCACGCCGAAGGCCAAGUCCGUGCAGCUCCAUAUGGACGGCACGGACUUGGCAUUCGUGCCUGAAAUUAAAUUGCUCGGCAUAGUGAUAGACGAAAAGCUCAAAUUCAAGCGACACCUCAAAUACGUGCUGGGUAAGGCCUCGCGUAUCUACAACAAACUGUGCAUUUACGCGAGACCAACCUGGGGCACACACCCUGAAAAUUCGCGAACCAUCUACUUACAUGUUAUAGAGCCGAUCAUCACCUACGCUGCAGGAAUAUGGGGCCAAGUGGCAAUGCAAAAGAGUGCACGAAAAGAUCUUGCCAGCCUGCAACGCGGCUUCGCACUAAAGGCCAUUCGCGCCUUCAGGACAGUGUCCACUAAUGCUGCCCUGGCGCUUGCGCAACUCAUUCCACUUGACCUCAGAAUCCUCGAGGUGCAUCAAAUCGAGCAAACGCGCCUUACCAACACCACUCCCUUUUUGCCGGAGGACGUUACGCUAGAGCGGCCCACACCUGCCCGCGAACUACUGCACCCAGCGUUGAGAGUGGGAAAACCUGAUUUAGACCACGAAAGAACGGACGAUACUCAAGAAAUAUUUACAGACGGAAGCAAACAAGACAGCGGCGCUGUAGGGCUGCCUUUGUGCCUUGACCCAGGUGGGUCACAACAACCAAUCAUUACUAAAAAAUUCAAACUACACGACUCUUGCACGGUCUUCCAAGCUGAGCUCUUCGCCAUCCUGGAGGCCUGCAAGUGGGCGACUCAAAAAUAUCAAAACACUGUUAUCUACACCGAUUCACAAGGCAAUGUCGGCAACGAGGCUGCCGACGGCGCGGCAAAACUGGCGACCCUUCUUCACAAGACGCCGGACUACAGGUCGUUCCCAAUGUCCUUCGUGAAACAUAAGCUCCGCAUGCGUAGCCUGGACCUUUGGCAGGCGCGCUACACGUCCAGCGAACAGGGACAGUACACUAAAAGCAUUUUCCCUACACUAACUGAUAUCAAACACUUCCGAAAACACACAGACAUUCACUUCCACACAACACAAAUACUCACCAACCACGGCUUUCACAAAACAUACUUACACAGAUUCCACAUCACACCAGACGACUGCUGUCCCUGCAACACAAAUACACCCCAGACUGUGACGCACCUGCUGACUGACUGUCCGAGGUUCGCUGCGGAGCGAAUGCGACACGAGGCAUUAUGCGUCUACCAUGAUAUCGUCCCGUAUAGUUUGCCAGAACUACUUAAGAAAGAGGAAGCGCUGGCAAGUUAUACGGAACUCGCGAGCAGAAUUUACUCGAAACUCAAAGCCUACAAUGGCACAUAA